CCCGCCGUUCCCCCUCCCCGGCGGCGGUGAGGAGGGGGCGCUCCUGCCGUGCGCGUGCGCGCGCUGUCACCGCCCGCGGCGUGAGGGCCCGGCGCAUGCGCACGGCGGGGGGGGGACCGGCGGCCGCUGCCCUGGGCGGGGUGUCAUGGCGGCGGCCGGGGCCGGGGCGGGAGCUGCGGCGCUUGCCGCUUUCGUUCAGGACUUUGUGGCCGGGCAGCAGGACGGCCGCGCUGCGGAGGUGGCGGCAGGGGUGAAAGAUGGAAGCUGGACUGUUCUGCAGCUUGUGGAAGCCCUGGGGUCUUGCCUGGAGAACACAGAUCCUCGGACACGAGGGCGAGGUAUCCAGCUGCUGUCACAAGCCCUGCUCCAGUGCUACUCCCUGCUCCAGGAGAAGGAAGUGCUGCAUCUGGUCCUGUUCUAUGAGAAUCGGCUGCAAGAUCAUCACCUUGUGAUCCCCUCGGUGCUCCAGGGACUCCGAGCACUGAGCAUGUGUGAGGUGCUGUCCCCAGGGCUAGCGGUGUCUGUACUCAAAGCUAUUUUCCAGGAGGUGCAUGUGCAGUCCCUGCUGCAGCUGGACCGCCACACAGUCUACAGCAUCAUCACCAACUUCAUGGGCACCAGGGAGGAAGAGCUGAAGGGCCUGGGUGCUGACUUUACCUUCGGCUUCAUCCAGGUGAUGGAUGGGGAGAAGGAUCCCCGCAAUCUGCUGGUGGCCUUCCAGAUCGUGCGUGAUCUCAUUGCCAAGAACUACGCCCUGGGUCCCUUUGUGGAGGAGCUGUUUGAAGUGACGUCCUGCUACUUCCCCAUUGAUUUUACUCCACCCCCCAAUGACCCCCACGGCAUCCAGAGAGAAGACCUGAUCCUCAGCCUCCGGGCUGUACUGGCCUCCACGCCCCAGUUUGCUGAGUUCCUGCUCCCUCUGCUUAUUGAGAAGAUGGACUCGGACCUUCAAAGUGCCAAGCUUGACUCACUGCAGACUCUGACUGCCUGCUGUGCCAUCUACGGGCAGAAGGAACUGCAGGAAUUCCUCCCCAGCCUCUGGUCAUCCCUGCGCAGGGAGGUGUUCCAGACAGCGAGUGAGAAGGUCGAGGCGGAGUGCCUGGCUGCACUGCACGCCCUCUCUGCCUGCCUCUCCCGGUCUGUGCUGAGCUCUGACACUGAGGACUUGCUGGACUCUUUCCUCAGCAGCAUUCUGCAAGAUUGCAGGCACCAUCUGUGUGAGCCCGACAUGAAGCUGGUGUGGCCAAGUGCCAAACUCCUGCAGGCAGCAGCGGGUGCCUCCCUCCGUGCCUACCACCGCGUCACCCGCAGCGUCCUGCCGUUGCUGCUGGAGCAGUACACCAAGCACCCACAGAGCAGCCAGAGGAGGACAAUCUUGGAAAUGCUGCUGGGCUUCCUGGAGUUGCAGCAGAAGUGGGGACAUGUGGAAGAAGAUGAGAGCUCUCUGCUGUCACUCCAAGCCCCCAUUUGCUCUGUGGUGUUCUCGGCGCUGACGGAUCCCAGUGUGCAGCUGCAGCUGGUUGGGAUCAGGGCACUGACUGUCCUGGGCUCCCUGCAAGGCUUCCUGUCUCCCUCCAACCUGGAGCUGGUUGUGGAUCACCUCAUCCGUCUCGCUCUGCAUGAGGAGGAUUCUCAGAGCAGCGAAGCAGCAAUGGAGGCAGCUGGAUCUCUGGCCCCCAUCUACCCAAAGUUUUUCUCCGGACGCAUGGUACCCAGGCUUGAAGAGGAGUUGCAGUCAGAGUGGGAGGAGGAGAGCUCCCAUGACCACUGCUCCCUGCAGCAGCGCUGCCUGCAGGCCCUGGCAGCCGUGUCCACCCACACCAGCAUCGUGAGGGAGACGGUCCCUGUCCUGCUGCAGCAUCUCCGGAAGGUGCAGAAAGGGAGCGAGGCCAGGAACGCCCAAGACGUGGUCUCCGUGUGCCAGAGCCUGCACCGUUUGGCCCUGCAGUGCCAGCACGAUGCAGAGGGCUGCUGGUACUACCAUCAGACAGUGGUGCCCUGCCUGCUGGGCAUGUCCGUGCAGGCUGCCACACAGGAGAGCACCCACCCGCUGCUGGGCAAGGCAUUGCUAGAGGAAGAGGUGCUGGCUGCCAUGGUCCCUGUCAUCAGUGCUGCCACCACUCACCUGAGCCCUGAGCUAGCUGCCCAGAGCGUGUCUCACGUGGUGCCCCUCUUCCUGGACGGAGAGGUCUCCUUCCUGCCCCAGAACAGUUUUCCCUGCUCCUUCCAGCCCUUCGAGGAUGGGGAGUGCUUGGAGGCACAGAGACGCCUGGUUGCCCUCCUCAUGGCCUUCGUUUGCUCCUUGCCCCGCAAUGUGGCAAUUCCUCAGCAGGAACGGCUGCUCCAGGAGCUGCUGGCGCUGAGCUGCUCCUGCAACUGCCCCUUCACGGCCACCACAGCUGCCAAGUGCUUUGCAGGGCUGGUGAACAAGCACCCUGCGGGGCAGCAGCUGGAUGAGAUCCUGCAGCUUGCAGUGAACAGGAUGGAGCCUGGCCUUGUGGAGGGGCCCCACCGAACACAGGCGCUCACACUGCUGCUCUGGGUAAGGCCUGCCCUGGGUGCAGGAUGGGGGGACAGCCGGCCUGGCACUGACUCUGCUCUGCCUGCACAGGUUACCAAAGCCCUGGUGCUGCGCUACCACCCCCUGAGUGCCCACCUGACGGAUAAGCUGCUCGGCCUACUGGGUGACAUGGAGCUGGGCCCCGCCGCAGCCGACGGCUUCUCCCUGCUUAUGGCUGAGUCUCCGGAUGUGCUGCACAAGGGCUGCCACGCUGACGUGCGCAUCAUGUUCCGCCAGCGCUUCUUCACUGACAACGUCCCCAAGCUGGUGCAGGGCUUCCACGGGGCCAGCCCUGAUGUGAAGGCCAAUUACCUGAAGGGCCUGUCCCAUGUGCUUAACCACCUCCCUAAGCCUGUGCUGGUGACAGAGCUGCCCACGCUGCUUUCCCUCCUGCUUGAGGCUUUGUCCUGCUCGGAUCGUGUGGUGCAGCUCUCCACACUGAGCUGCCUCCAGCCGCUGCUGCUCGAAGCUCCCCAGAUCAUGAGCCUGCACGUCGACACGCUGGUCACCAAGUUCCUCAGCCUCACCUCCAGCCCCACCAUGGCUGUCCGCAUUGCUGCCCUGCGCUGUGCCCACGCACUUACCAGCCUGCCCACGACAGUGCUGCUCCCAUACAAGGCCCGAGUUAUCCGGGCACUGGCCAAGCCUUUGGAUGACAAGAAGAGGCUGGUGCGGAAGGAGGCGGUGGCAGCACGGGGGGAAUGGUUCCUGCUGGGGAGUCCAGGCAGGUGAGUGCCCUGCUUCCCCUCCCUGUGCUGACCGACAAUCUGACCAGGCCCCCGCUAACCUGCCAAGCCAUCCAACCGAUGCCACGGACCCUUGGAGCCCAGUACUGCCCUGAGUGCUGGGGCUGGAGUGCAGGGGCUGGCAGACGGCACCCCUCACUGCGGCAACUUCCCGGCGCCCCCGCCCUCUUCCUGGCACCCACAGGAAGGAGGAAGCAAGCUGUGCUGCUCGUGGCUUGCCCAGCCUCUGCUGCAGCCAGGGACAGUGACAGACAGACUCACUAUGUGUGAGUGGAGAGGGCAGGCCUGUGCACAUGCAUACAGUGUGUGGCAACCCAUGCACCAGAGGAAUAAAUAUAUCUGUUUUGGUAA